GCACAAAUCAGGGAUUGGACCAUACCUGGUUCUGCAUUGAAACCGGUUAAGGGUUUGGUCAACAAGGUCAAAAACCGGGUAUGGCAAUACCUGGGUCGAGUAGAGAACCAGGUUUUAGAGAGGAAGUGAUCAGGUUUUGACCGGUUCAAGUCGGGUAUAACUGGGUUGAAACCACUUUCAAAUCAUAUGAUAUGGAACCAGUAUAUAGCCGGCUUUUUCUAAUACCUGGCUUCGGGUUUAUUUGUCGAGUCAGGUUUCGAUCACCGUUUUUUCUUUUGCGCAUCCCUAUACCCAGGCCAAAAUAUCUCACUUCUUACCACUGAAAGAUUACUCAAAUUCAAGACACAAGUCCAGAAGCAGCCAAAUUUCCAAGUCAACAUCAUCAUAUCCACAAUAAAAAGAACUAGUGGCCAAGAAAAAAAAGACACUACUGAUUAAUUAUAUACACAAAGAGAUGAAAAUCUGAAAUGAAAGCAGGAUAAGGUGAAAAUGGCAAUAAGAGCUUACAUAACCACACUGGUUUCAUCCAUUCAUGCAGCCGAAAACAUUGAAGACGGAAACCGAGGUUCAAGAUUCACAAAAACACGAGUUACAGAGCGUAAUGGUGGACUAGAAGGAAGAAGAGCCCUCCUUUUGUCGACCGUUGCUGCUGCUACUGCAACCGAUUCCCAGACUCAACUUCUUCAAAAGUACCUGAAGAAAUCACAGGACAACAAAGCCAAGAAUGAUAAAGAGAGACUAGACAGCUACUACAAGCGCAAUUAUAAAGACUACUUUGCAUAUGAAGAAGGCACAAUCAGACAGAAGAAAGAACUCACAGAAGCAGAAAAGGGUAUUCUUGACUGGCUUCAAGCUAACAAAUAAAAUGUACCCUUUUUCCAGUUUAUGUAAUUUCAAUUCGAUUUCGAAACAAAAGUACGUCCUAUUAUUCAGCCAGUUAUCUGUUGCUAUGUA